AUCACAAGGAGUUAAAAUACUCCUCACAGUAAAUAAACACAGCCUUCAUAUAGAUCUAAGUGUCCGGGCUGUGCAGUGCCUGCAGGCCUGACCUCUGGGCCUCCUCUACCGCCACACGAAGCCAUGAGUUCCUCCCGUGAUCAAAGAGCAGCUCUGGAUCUGCAGACGUCAACAUCUCCUGUCACCCACUGCGCUCAGUGUCACUCAGUCUGUCUGUUUAGCGAGUGGAAGUUAGGUUCUUAUUCGUUAAUCCCUAAGGCUUCCGUUACUGACUCCCUAACGGCCAUUUGUAGUGUGUACGAAUUGUUGCCUGAUUAUAAAUAACAAAUUAGACCAUUUUUCAUAAUUAAGAUAAAUGCGCAAGUAUUAAUGUGCCGAUGAAUGUGUCGUAAAUCUGACAUCAUGUAUGUUCCCCUUUAAGUCGCUCGACGUGAAACGCCGAAGAAGAAACGCGCUUCCGGGUCCGUGUCUGUUUUGACUCCAUGUAUGUGUGGCUGCGUAUGUCGCCUCCUCACCGCCUCUAGUCCACUUCUCUCCCCAGCACUGCUCUCCUCCAGCGCCGGCAGCGCAAUGGCAGCGGCGGCCCCCAACCCGGAGGACUCCACCAGGAGCGGCGGUGGCGGUGCCGGCGGUGGCAGCGGCGGCAGCGGCAGCGGCACACCCAGCGCCCUCGCAGGAGACGGGGACGCGGAAGAGGCCGAGGACUUCAGCUCCUCCUCGCACUGCUCGGAGCUGUCGCGGCGGCAGAACGAGCAGAGGAAGCAGGGCUUGUUCUGCGACGUGACGCUGGCCUUCAGCAGCGGGGCGGCCAGCGGGAGCGUCCAGAGCUGCGAGUUCUCUGCCCACAGGUCCGUCCUGGCCGCGGCCACCGACUACUUCACCCCCCUGCUGUCAGGGCAGUUCUCCGAGUCCCUGACCGGACGAGUGGAGAUGAAGGAGUGGAGCUCCGAGCUGGGGCCGGACGCGGAGACUGUGGAGAGUGUCAUCCAGUACAUGUACACCGGGGAAAUACGCGUGAGCACCUGUAAUGUACAUGAAGUGUUGGAGCUAGCUGACAGGUUCCUGCUGCUGCAACUGAAAGAUUUCUGCGGUGAGUUCCUGAAGAAGAAGCUGAGCUUGACCAACUGCGUGGCCGUGCACAGUCUGGCCCACAUGUACACCCUGGACCAACUGGCCCUGCGGGCUGCAGACAUGAUCCGUCGCAACUUCCACAAGGUGAUCCAGGAUGAGGAGUUCUACACGCUGCCCUUUCACCUGGUCCGCGACUGGCUGUCGGACGCGGAGAUCACGGUGGACUCCGAGGAGGUGCUGUUUGAGGCGGUGGUGAAGUGGGUGCAGAAGAACGCUGAUGACCGGAGCCGCUACUUUGAGGAGCUGUUCCGCCUCCUGAGGCUGCCCCAAAUCAAGCCCACCUACCUGACCAGGGUGGUGAAGACUGAGGGCCUGGUGGCCGCCAACGAGGCCUGUCUCCGGCUGGUGUCCGAGGCGGUGGAGGGCCACGCUAUUCGUUUUGAAAACCUCAAGUCAGCUGACAUGGAGCUCUGGUCCUCCCACAUGGCCUCCUUUCAGCCUCGCUCUGGCCAGAACAUGGACGUUAUCAUGGUUGUGGGCGGCGUGUCAGAAGGGGGGGACUACCUGAGCGAGUGCGUCGGCUACUUCAUUUAUGAGGACCGUUGGGUCAACCUGCCGCACAUCCACAACCACCUGGACGGCCACGCUAUCGCUGCCACAGAGUCCCACGUCUACGUAGCUGGUUCUAUGGAGCCGGGCUUUGCCAAGACGGUGGAGCGGUACAAUCCCAAUCGUAACACCUGGGAGCAGGUGAGCAACUUGACCACACGCAAGCAUUCCUUUGGCCUCACCUGCAUCAAGGAUAUCCUGUACAGCAUUGGAGGCCAUGGCAACUUCAGUCCGGGUUUUAAAGAUGUCAGUGUGUACGAGCCCGAGCAGGACAAGUGGCACAAUCUGGAAGCUGCCCCCAAAAUCCUGCGGGAUGUGAAGGCGGUGAGUGUGGAGGACCGCUAUGUGUAUGUCACGGCACGCACACCUGUCGAUACAGAUAAUGACGAUGGACUGAAGACGGUGACCACACGUUAUGACACAGAGAGCCGCCAGUGGCAAGAUGUCGACUCCCUGCCUCUUAUUGACAACUACUGCAUCUUCCAGAUGGCCGUGGCCCCCACUAACUUCUACCACACGGCCUCCUGCUGCCCCAAGAGCUACACGGUGCGGGAUGAGGUUGCCAAGCAGAAGAUCAACUUGCGCAUCUCUGAUGAGAUCCUGGAGAGCCUGCCACCAGAGGUUACCAGCAUCGAGGGGGCAGCCAUCUGCCACUUCGAUGAGGACGUCUUCAUCAUCGGAGGCUGGAAGAACAGCGACGACGUGGACAAGCAGUACCGCAAAGAGGCUUACCGCUACUGUGCCGAGAGAAAGCGCUGGAUGCUGCUGCCGCCCAUGCCUCAGCCCCGCUGCCGAGCCACCGCGUGCCAUGUCCGCAUCCCCUACCGUUUCCUGUAUGGCUGCCAGCGCUACCCCAUGCCCCAGAACUUGGCCCGGCAGCGAGAUCGUAUGCAGCAGAUGCAGCAGCUUCACCGGCGCACCCUCACCCUGCGCCGGCAGCUCCAGUCACAGAUUGAAUGCUGAGCUGGUCCACGUCUGCUGCUCAUGCUCUCGCAACCACCACCAUCGACCCUCUAUUUGUACAUAACACGCCACAGUGGGUCUUGUGUCGCUCCCAUACUGCAUUUCCUCAUUCUUAACUCUGUCCAUCUGCUCUCAUACUGUGUUGUGUAAAUGGCUGAUUUAUAGAAAGCCAUGGAAUAGGUGGGCAGGCAUGUGCUGACCAGCUGGUGGUCUGUGAAGAGGGACACGGCGGAUGUAAACAUGUGAAUAAGAGUGUUAUUUAACAGCCAACAACUAAUUAUCCUUUUGUCAAGUAUGUUGGUAUAGAUGCUGUUUAAUAGUAUAAAGCUGUAUAUGUAAACAUUUAUAUGGAUAUUUUACAUCCCUGUCUUUGGAAGGCUAUGUGACAUAACAAAUUACUGCGUUCCUACAUUCAGUCCUAAGUCGCUUAAUGAAGUCUCAUUCCACUGUAACACUGUGACAAUCUCCUCAUAAGUCUUACUUUUAUCAUAGUUGCUCUACUAGAAUUGCUCCGCUUGUUGCUGUGCAGCCUGGACAACUAAACAAAAUAUGAUUCCCAGGGGCUGUUGAUCUUUAAGUCCUGUAGACUAGUGUGCCGUUAGAUUGCAGUUUCUCUCCGACUGUUGUACAGUGUAUAUUUCUGUCAUUUUUGUUGCUCGUCUAGCACUUGAACACGACAAAUGUCCCUCCAGGUUUCGCAGGCGGUGAAAUGAUGAGAGAACUGUCAUGAAAAGAUGUGAUGAAAUCAUUCCUUUGAGUUACUGCGAAACUUAAACCUAAUAUUUGGCCUCUGCAUUAGGCACCAGUCAUUAGAAAUGGCUUAAUCAUUCCUUUUGUUUGCACUUUGGAAGUUUCAUAAUUGGUGUGUUCUCAUUCGUUCAAGAAAGGUCCAUGGAAAACGUGUAUGUGUGUGAGUGCAGGGGGUGUGUAUUGUGUAUGAUAUGUGGGAUGUUGCGUUGUCGCCCUGCAGAGAACGACAAAAAGCUUCUCUCGAACUGCACUUUUCGACAUGUAAUUGUUAAAGUCUUACAGAAGCGUAGAGACUUAAGUUGCCACUGCACUUUGAAUUUGCUUGUUUUAUUUGUUUCAUAUCGGACAAGGUGAUUGUAUUCUGGAAAUGUCUUAGCCAGCUUUCAGCCAGUAAGUUUUGAUUUUGUGUUUGAAAGAAGAAAGAGAACAUGUUAUGAUUUGCAGAUUUGUUUCCCUACAUUAAAUGUCUCGCACAACCUUGUGUUCUUGUACUUCAAUACCAGCUGAGUGUAUAUCAGAGAUCCGCUCUGUUCUGUUCUGUUCUGUUCUGUUCUGUCCUGUCCUGUCCUGUGGUCUCCCUUUUCCCGCUAAAGAAAAUAGACUUUAAAAC